AUGAUGAAGCUUCUCCUCGUUUCUCUCCUCGCCUUACUCUGGCUUGGCAACGUUAUUGCCGAUGAUGCACUGACCCAUCAGGCGACAACCGUUGGAAACGUCCAACAGCCCACACUGCUUCGGGCACAUGGUAAGCGGGUGCCGAUUUCGGACGAUGACCUCACGCCAAUUACCCCCGUCAGCACGGAUGACGAGUCGUCAGAUCCACAGACGGAAUCCGGGGACGAUGGUAUCAUCCCGCAACAACCAUCAAGGGACAACUACAGUGGAGACGAUGUCACUCCUGAGCAUCCUUCAGAAGAAACAGACUACAGCGACGACGAUACCGACGACAUCAUCCCAGAAGACGCCGAGGAAACGGAUGGCGAGUUCAAGCCGAAACAUGGUGCAUCGGACCUCUACUUGUUCCUGUUUGGAGGGUGCGCCGUGGCGAGCUUCUUUGCAGCCAUGGCCAUGUGGACAGUGGCCUUUCACCCUCCAACGAGCAGCGAGUAUCAACAAGUUCGAUUCUACCACCGCCAAGGCUUUGUUGAGCACACGGCCGGCAUUCUACGCCACUUGUUGGAAUCAGCAUCCGGUCGCAACGGGCCUCCUCCUCCUCGUCGAUCGUCUUCUCCUCCCCCCGAAAUGUUCUUUCCUCCAAUCCCGCAACCAGAUGGCGGCUUGGAAUACCAUGGCGACAUGGCGGUUCCCUUGAUGGAAGAGCCUCCCAUGAUGGAACUGGAGAGUUCAUUUGACUUGUACCGCAUUUCCUGA